AUGCACCCUCCACGCCAUGCCGUAUUUUGGCCACCUGGUACCCCGGCCCCGUUCUCCAAGGCGCACGCACGAACCCGCUUCGGCAUCGCGUUCAAAGCACGCAAUUCCCAACCCCCCCCUUCGCUUCCUAAGCUUCCGCCGCUCAGUGCGUUCAACGCUGUCUGGCGCUUCGAGUUCCUUCAGCCCUUCCCUAGCCUUCUUUCCCUCUGCCCCUCUCUGUCCUUCUCUAGCUCGCCCAUGCACCCGAGACAUGUCCACGAGCCCCACUACAGCACGCCGGCCCCCUCGUCCUUGCCCAUACGGGGAUCGCGCGGGGUGCCGCCCUCGCGCUCGCUUGCUCCCGACCCCCUCAGCUACUAG